UUUAUAAGUGCUUACAUCUCUGUGUUGCUGUCUCAGUCCAGUGUCAGUGUGGCUUUCUGACUUUACAAUGUGGGGUAUGUAGACGGGAUGUUGUGGAUGCUCUUGCAGCUCAACCUCGACGAGAGCAGAACGCGCACAGCUUAUUUGUCGGAUCGGAUUCAGCAGCAGCAGCAGCAGCAUCCUCUCCAAACUGCACAGCUUCAGCAGCAGCAGCAGCACAGUCUGUCAGACCGCCUCAGCCUGGCAAGGAUGCGGUAGAGGAUCUAGCCCUGCAUCAGUCCGAGCCGUGCUAUAUUUGUGCUGAAAUUACCCUGUCACAGACAUGAAACACUGAGCCAUUUAGGGACAAGAAACAGGAGGAGGGAAAACUCCUCGAUUGCCUCAUUUUCAACUUGACGCUGGAGAAUGGGAGUCGUCGGCGCGGAUGCAGUUUUACACCGGCUCCAGAAGUUGGACAGCCAAACAUUUCCAUGCCAUGACUAUUGACUUUGGACAGGAUUUCCAGUGCAGUGCAGACGGCGUGCAAUUUUUCUGUCAUUUUUUUCCCAGGUUUGUGGAGGGUUGUUAUUUGAUCAACAGCAAUAAAAUGCACCUUUAACGAAUCCGAGGCAUGGAGGAGACGCAUGGAUGCCACUUAUAAUUCACAGUAAUGGAAUAAAGUCAUUAAUCUUGAUAUAAUGGAUGAUAGACCCAGUAAGCUCAUCUUGGUUCCUAUUCUAGCCGUCCUUUUUGUUAUGAUAGGUUAUCAGUACAUUUGUCCCGCGGGCAGCAACUCGUGCCACUUUAAGACUGAUGGGGAGAAAUUAAAGGGGGUAAGUCUACUUUCCAGUCCGGACCAGGACAAUGAUGAUUUCUACAGAGAUCAGGACCUGGAGGACGACAGCCCCGCGAGGCUGCCGUCAAAAUUCAACUUCACAGACCGAGACCUCGACAGACACGUGGAGUUCAACAUGAAAGGGGACGACGUGAUCGUGUUCCUGCACAUCCAGAAGACCGGGGGAACCACUUUCGGGAGACACCUGGUGAGGAAUAUUCGCCUGGAGCAGCCGUGCGACUGCAAACCGGGACAGAAGAAAUGCACAUGUCACCGACCAGGGAAAGAGGAGUCGUGGCUCUUCUCCCGCUUCUCCACGGGCUGGAGCUGCGGGCUGCACGCAGACUGGACCGAACUGACGAACUGUGUUCCCGUCAUUAUGGAUAAGAAGGAGGCCCAGAGAAAUAAAAGGAACUUCUACUACAUCACCAUGCUGCGCGACCCAGUCUCCCGCUACCUCAGCGAGUGGAAGCACGUUCAGCGCGGUGCCACAUGGAAAACCGCCCUCCAUAUGUGUGACGGACGCUCGCCCACUCAGGACGAGCUGCCCACCUGCUACAGUGGGGAUGAUUGGUCUGGUGUCACCCUCACAGAGUUUAUGAACUGCCCGUUCAACCUGGCCAAUAACCGCCAGGUCCGCAUGCUUGCCGACCUGAGCCUGGUGGGCUGUUACAACCUGUCCUCGAUGAACGAGAGCCAGCGCAACCACAUCCUUUUGAGCAGCGCCAUGAGCAACUUGAAAAACAUGGCUUUCUACGGCCUGACUGAGUUCCAACGCAAGACACAGUACAUGUUCGAGCGGACGUUCAGCCUGCGCUUCAUCUCGGCGUUCACGCAGAUCAACAGCACGCGAGCGGCCAACGUGGACCUAAGCGACCCGGUGCGCAGACGCAUUGAGGAGCUGAACUUCUUGGACGUGCAGUUGUACGAGUAUGCGAAGGACUUGUUCCUCCAGCGUUUCCAGUUCACCCGCCAGAGGGAGCACCAGGAGGUGCGCUUGAAGAGGCGCGAGGAGCGGCGCUGGCUGAGGGAGCAAAGGGAGCAGGCCAGGCCGUGGCCACCCAAACACAGAGGAAGCGGAAACAGGGGAGGGAGAGGGGGAGGAAGUUUUGAGAAAGGGACUGAUGGUGACUUUCCCACCACCACUGAGGACUACGCGAGCCAAGUAGCUCGCUGGUGAAGCUUCGGUCCCCGUAAAGAGAUACGAGCAAAAGAGAGAGCACCUAGAUUUGAAGAAUUUUCUUUUGACGCUCUCGUAAACAUCCCAUGUCUCUCUCGUCAUGUCUCACUCUCUUUGUCUCACCAUUAAUCCGUCUAUCGGCAUCUAUCUGUUUCUCAGCUUCAGUGUGAUCCAAGUGCUCUGCUGUUUCUUUCAGAAAACUGCCAAGUCUGUGAAUCUCACAGCAGCUCUGCCUUGGACUGCCCUUUGGUGUCUUAAAUCUUUAAAUGCUUUUAAUAUAUUUUUGUCAUUAAACUUUGUUUUUUUUGCCUUAGUUGUUUACCAUUUGUUUAAAAGGUAAACUGAGGUCAAAGGUAAAAAAAAAAGAGAGAAAAAAAUCAAACGUAGCUGCCACAGACUGCUGUGUUUUUGAUUUUGUCAUUUUCUGCAAAAAUAAAAGAAUGUCUCUGAAGUCAUUUAUCUUUGUUUCAACGGGUGGAAAACAUUUUCCCAUUUGAAAGAUGUAGUCUUAGAUCUACUGAUAGUUGCAUGUCACACAUCCACAUAAUACAAUUGGGGAUAAUAAUUUCCACCAGUUAUACAGUACUGUAAACCAAAGUGAAUUAAAAAAAAAAAUAAAACACAAUAUGCAGUUGCUUUUAAUUUAACGUCAGUGUUUUAUGCAUGCAGUACCCACUUUGAAACCAAAUUUUAAAAUACUGAUGCUGAUAUUUUGGUUACAGUGCAAUAUACAGUAUAAAGUAAUAUUUUCUAAGUGCAAAACUUUGCACAUUGAAAACCUCUUUCAAAGACAAAGCUGGUCACGAUGGGGGCGUCCUGCUGUUUUAUAUGCAGUAUAUAGAUUAUAUACAAGUAUCAUUUUUAAUCAUAAAAAGUUGGUAAAGAGUGCAAGUGAUGAAAUGUGUCAGUGUGGCUGGUGCACGGCUCGACUGCAAAUGAGAGGAUCAGCAUUCAGUUCUCAUGCACCCCCUCCAACCCCCCCUCCCUGUCACACUGUCUGCUUUUACAUGUUUGUAGAGCUGACUUCACCGUGGGCAGUGAGAGCACUCUAAUGCCAGCAGCGUGCCAGCCUCAAAGACCAGCAGAUAGCUGAGAAAUAAAAUUAAAAAACACGACUGUCAUUUCUUCUGCCCGAUAGUUUCCAGUCCCUCAAAUCCAAUCAGGAGAGCAACAGAGAGGGCUUGCUUUUAUCUUGUUAAAUGGGCUUCAGUGAUGCGUUUUAUGCCUCUUAUCUCAUAUUCACUCCUAUUGCUUAUCAAAUUAAAUGUUCACACGAAAAUGUCAACACUGAAGUCAUAUAGCCGCUGCUGUUCUCACAGUAGUUUAUCUCGUGUCCUCUCAGAUUGUGGUUGUUUAUGAAAAAUAAAAUGAAAAAUACCUCACGUUGCACAGUUUUGCUUCGAUUUUCAAGGAUCACCCAUGUUUUGCUUUGACUUGAAUGAAUACAGGUUUGAUUGUAUGAAUGGCAUCGGUGCACUUUUAUGUCUCUCUGUGUUCAGUGAGGGUGUGGAUGUGAUGCGAGACAAAGGUGAGGUGCGGGUCGCAUUGAUAGCACUCGAUCAAGUGUUUCAAGUGAAGCUGUGGCUCCAGCUCUCGAUAUUGAACUGUGUAUAAUUAGAAAACCAAAUCCAUAGCAGUGAAACGGCAUGUUUACAAAUCAUGAUCUGAUCUGACGUGGCUAAACUAGGAUACACUUUGCCAUUUACACCAGAAAAGCAUUAUGAGCACAUCUUGUGUUAUUUAUAUUGUUGUUGUUUUUUAUUUUCCCAUUAUAUGUGUGAUAUUAUUAUUUUUUUUUUGUGAAGCACUUUGAUCAUCUUGCAGGUAUUGUAAAGUGCUAUAUGAAUAAACACUGAUUGAUUGAUUGUACUUAAAUUGGAGGAAAUAUACAAAGCCUUUUUGACAGUAGCUGUUGAAAGUCUUUAUGACUAGGGAGAAAAACUGUUAUAUUUUUUGUUCCCCAAAUGAUAUAUUGAAUAUUUCUGACGAAACAGCAGUCUCUUUUAAAGUCCAUUAUAAACAUUCAUGAAUAUUUUAUACUUAAGAUUUGAACCCUAAAAAGCACAUCAUCGAAAACUGUGUGGAUUUGAUUCAUUCACCUUUGAUCAGUGGUAAGAGAAGUGCUCACAUCCUUUAACUCACACAGAAGAACCAGUAAGAAAGCAUCUAAAUAUUGAUUUAAUUAACAUUAUUCGUUUAUACGACUAACUGUCUCUGUAGCAUCUGCUUCAUAGAGCUGAUUUUCUCUCGAUAGAAAGCAAAAAUAAAAACCAACAAUAAGUUAAGUACAAUGAACACAGCGAGUUGAGUGAGUAAACAUAUUUUAAAUCACUUAAUUUGACGUGCAGUAGCUUGGCAUGAACAGAACAGAACCCUCAAUCAUGUUAUUAGCAAUAUUUGUACUUUUCCUACCACUUCAAAUGUUUGUGAUUUCAUUGCUCCUGCAUCACAGAUUUCUUUUUUAAAAUGGAAAAUGCCUGAAGGCCAUUUUAUUUUUGGAAAUGUCUUAUAAUAAUCGUCACAUAUACUUCACAUGGAAGGAAUUACGACGCUCCUCUGUGACAGAUGGCAGGAGCAGAGCAAGUGCGGUUUAGCUGUCAAUGAACACUAUCAGGAAACACUUUGUCUAGUGUUGGAUGUGUGCAAUGAACCUGUGUGUGCGUGUGUGUGCGUGCGCAUGUGUGUGAAAUGAUUUCAUGUAACAUCUUACAUGUUUUCUCACUGCAGUAUUAUUGUAAACCAAAUUGAUUGUGCUUAAAAUUAUUAACUUUAUCAACAAUGUGCAGAGCGAGAUCAUAAAUCAAUCUUUGGCAGAGGUCAGGCUCUGUUUCCUAUAGUCACAGCUGCCACGUUCUGCACUACUUUAUUUAUGUGUGUCAGCUCUAAAGUCGAAACACUCAAAAUAAAGUUUAUCCUCUCAAAAAUGAUAAAAACUAAAUAGAAAUGACCGUAAGAUAGGAAUAUUAAAGCUUUUUAUUUCUGUGAUUGAAAACGUUUGCUUCAUCAAAGCCGCUUACUGAAAGACUUUCCAACAGUUUCAAAGUGAAACUCAGACUUUUCUUUUUGUAAGUAAUGUGAUGAAUAAAAGGCGACAUGGAUUUUCACUUGCACUGCCGUUCCCUGAAAAGUGAGGCAUGCCACUUUGUAAAAGGAGCUUUUUAAUAAACUUGAACUGCCACUCCAUCAAGGCACAUUUCUCUGUGAAGCUGACUUAUCUGUAUUAUGUUGUUUUUUUGUUUGUUUAUUGAUAUGAUUUGAACUGUUGCUCAAGAAUGGCUUUGCUGAUGGCCAAUAGCAGUAUUACCAACACCUCAGUGAAAAGUGAAAGAGCUUUCUUGGGUUCCUUUGUACAUGUUAAAAGUCUUGUGAUGAAAUGAACUGUCGAAAAAGCCUUUUGGCCUGUAAUAUUUAAUCUGCAAUUUUUCUUGUUUGACCAAAAAAAAAAAGAAGAGUGGAUUCUGCUUCAGAUAUCAUCAGACAUUAAAGCAUUGAAUGGUCAUGA